AUGGGAACUGCCGUGUCCAAGAGGAAGAAUUUGAGAAACGAUGCGAUAUCUUCCGUGGCAGCAAAAGUUAGAGCAGCGCGAGCAUUUGGAGAGAACCUGUCCCACACACACUCUGAAAACCGAAACGGAUCAGCUCAUCUUCUGUGUGAAACCUUGGUGGGUCCUGACCCAGAGUCACAGAGUGACACGAGUGGCCCCAACAACAACAACCACCUCCACCCCUGCGCCAACACCGCAAAGGGCUGUGAGGACAACCCUGAGUCCAGCCUGGUGAAACAGCCACUGGGCCUGUUCCAGCCACCUCCUCCCUCCAUCACCAUUUCUACGAAUCCAGCAAGGUUGUCCCUUGAGCGCAGCUUCUCGGCCGAGGAAGACCAGCUGAAGUGUGUCGAGUGCACCCUGCAGCCUGCCCGCGUGUACACCAUCACUACCCAGCACGGUAUGCUGAUGAGCAGCGGCCGGGGCAGCAAGGAGAGCCUAGAACUGGACGUCCUGAAGGAGAAGACGGGGAGUGGCGGGCCGGGAUCCAGAGGUGGCUUGAUCCAGCCCUCCACCUCCCCUUCCUCCGCCUCUUCGUCUCCGACACAGUACCACCAUGGCAGCAGCCGUGGGGCCAGCAACAGUGGUAGUAGCCACCACCACAGCAACCAUCACCACAGCAACCAUCACCACGGGAUCCACCACCAUGCCGUCGCAGGCACCAACUCGCCGUCCAGCAGCGGGGCGGGUGGAAGCAGCAGUGGCAACCAGCAGCAGCCUUCCCACCGUUCCCACCACCACCAUCACCUGUCACAACCCCCGCUGCAGACAUCUGUCAGCGCCCACAACAUCCGCAGCUGGGGCGAGGGUGGAAAGGGAGAUGCCGAGUGCAGCGGGCUGGCCUGUGACUCGUGCAGCGGUGUCCCCUCGCGGAGCCAAGGCUCCCUGGACCUGGAGAGUGCGCCCCGAGAGGCAGGCAAGCAUCACAGACGCCUAGAACGGAUGUGGAGUGUGGACCGGGUGACUGGGCUGGAGAGAGAGGACACUAACUGGUUCCCCAAGGAAAACAUGUUCUCCUUUCAAACGGCCACGACGACCAUGCAGGCGUGAGUGGCUUUCCGGGGAUUUGUUCAGAGAAAAAGGAGAGAGAGGGAGCAGGAUUCGGCAGAAGUCAUCCAGAGGAACUUCCGGAAGCAUCUUCGGAUGGUGGGCAGCAGAAGGAUUAAAGCACAGACAUUUGCUGAGCGUAGAUCGAAGAGUUUCAGCCGCUCCUGGAGUGACCCCACCCCUGUCAAGAGUGACUCUCCAAAUGAACCCAGAGACAGUGGAGAACUCCAGGCCUCUUGUGGCACCCUGGAUGAAGGAGGCCUUGACGACACUUCAGACUGGGAGGAGGAGAGAGAGAUGGAGCGGCUCGCCUGCGAGGGAGAUGACUUCAUACCUCCCAAAAUCAUGCUGAUCUCCUCUAAGGUCCCCAAGGCGGAGUACGUUCCCACUAUAAUCCGCAGGGAUGACCCCUCCAUCAUCCCCAUCCUCUAUGACCAUGAACAUGCAACUUUUGAUGAUAUUUUGGAGGAAAUAGAGAAGAAACUUACAGCUUACAGGAGAGGAAGCAAGUUCUGGAGGAUGCUCAUCUUUUGUCAGGGAGGCCCCGGUCAUCUGUAUUUACUGAAGAAUAAAGUGGCAACAUUCGCUAAGGUGGAAAAGGAGGAGGACAUGAGCCAAUUCUGGAAAAGACUCAGUCGCUUCAUGAGUAAAGUCAACCCGGAGCCAAACCUCAUCCACAUUAUGGGAUGCUACGUCCUGGGCAACCCCAAUGGAGAAAAGCUGUUCCACAAACUGAAGAAUCUGAUGAGGCCUUAUUCUGUGGAGUUCGAGUCACCGCUGGAGCUGUCUGCUCAGGGGAAAGAGAUGAUUGAGAAGUACUUUGACUUCCGCCUCUACCGCCUCUGGAAGACGCGCCAGCACUCCAAACUCUUGGAGUAUGAGGAGUUUUUGUGA